GAAGGUGUUCUCGCGUAUAAAAGGGCUGCAGCAGAAGCGGGUCUGAUCACACACACACGCGGCCACGGCCACAGCUCGGUUGAUCGUGAUCCAUCUCUCUCUUCCGAUCGGAAUCCGACCCGUUUCUCCGGCUUACGACUGUCCAUGGCUACCCACCUGCGGUCCAUCAGUCUGCCCACGAGGCCCCACGCCCUCGUCCUCAAGGCCGAGCAGGAGCUGCAGCGGCUCAGGGCCCUCGCGUCGCCGCCCUCGCCACCGCCGUCCGCGCACGCCCUGCGCGCGCUGCUCCAGGACCUCGGCGACCUGCACGAGUACGUCGAGGAGGUCGUCCGCCUGCCCACCAACUGGGACGCGCUCCGCCUGCCCCGGCACAGGCGCCUCGUGGAGGCCGAGCUCGAGGGCUCCGUGGCGCUGCUGGACCUCUGCGGCGCCGCCAGGGACGGCCUCGCCGCCGCCAAGGACCAGCUCCGGGACCUGCGCUCGGCGCUCCGCAGGCACCGUCGAGCGGCGUGGAACCCUGAGCAGCUGCCGUCGCGGGGCGACGCGGCCGUCGUCGGCGGCAGGGUGGAGGCGUACGCGGCGGCGCUGAAGAAGGCGAGCAGGGCGAUCAGGAGGGGGUGCGGGAGGCGCGCCGCCGCCGAGACCGCCAGGGAUGAUUCCUGCGGCGGCGCGCCGAGGCCGGUCGCGAUGCUGGCGGAGGUGAGGGAGCUCACCGUCUCUCUCCUGCAAGCGUCCGUGGAGGCCUUGCUGAGGCAGGCCGUCGUCAGGCCGAGCACCGCCGGCAAGUGGUCGCUAGUGUCGAGAGCCCUGAUGUACAGCAGGAGCAUGAGCACGGCGUCCGGGGAGGAUCAGGAGGGCGCUCGUGCUGACGCUGACGAACCAGCGUCUGGUUCUUUCUGCAUCAAGGAUGUCGCCAGUGGCGAUGGGCAGAUGAAGGCUCAGAGCCAGCUGCAGGCCCUGGAGGGUUGCAUCGAAGGCCUCGAGGAGGGAUUGGAGCGCCUGUUCAGGAACCUUAUCAAGAGCAGGGUUUGUCUCCUGAACUGCGUCAGCUUGUGAUGCUUGAGAGUCCUGCGACGUUGUAAAUGUCCGAUGAUUGCCAUCCAUCUUUUUAAGGAUUGCCUGUCACAUACUUCGUUUCAGCAAACAAAUUAGUACCAAAUCUCAUCACAGUUUUAGCAAACGAUUUGUGA